GAUGGGCGACCCCACAAAUGUAGUUUAUGCUCGAAGCGAUUUUGUUUCAAAGGAAGUCUAACGCGACAUAUUCAAGAACAUGAUCACAAUAUUUCAGAAACUAACGCCUGUCCUGUUUGUCAUAAAACUUACGGAAGACUUUCUGAUCUCAGCAAUCACAUUAAUAAUAUGCACAAAAAUUUCAAGCAAGCUUUUAACUGUGAUAUUUGCAAUAAAUCUUUUAAUUUUCAGAAAUCCCUGAAAGCCCACAAAAUCAGCGUUCAUUCUAAAUUGGAGCAUCAAUGUGAACUAUGUCUUCGUAGAUUUCGUACUGAGGAAGAAUUAUAUGAACAUUCAUCUGGACAUCCGAAUGAUGGUUCGUUUGGGUGUUCAGUGUGUCACAUUGUUCUGCCUUGUCAAAAAGAUUUGAUUCAGCACGAGAAGGCUCAUUUACCAGAGAAAACUUACAAAUGUGAUCAUUGCGGUGUAAGUUUUAAAAGUUCUAGUACGUUAAUUGGUCAUAUACGAACUCAUACUGGUGAGAAACCAUAUAUUUGUGAAUUAUGUGGAACGUCCUAUGCACAAAUGAGUACAUUGAGAGUCCAUCAACUUAUUCAUUCAGAUCAUAAACCUCAUUCAUGUGACCAGUGUGAUUACUCAUUUAGAACCAGAGCCGAACUCAACAAUCAUAUCAUUGUUCAUACAAAAGAGAAGAAGUUUCAAUGUGACGAAUGCGGCAAACGUUUUCCACGAGUUCGGUCUCUAAAAGAUCAUUUAUUAACGCAUGCCGGUAUAAAACCGUAUAAAUGUACACAAUGUGGCCGAUUGUUUUCAUGUCAUCAACAUUUACGACGUCAUCAACGUAUUCAUAAAGGAGAGAUGCCGUACACUUGUCAGAUUUGUGGAAAACAAUCUCGUCAAAAAUACAACAUGACAGUUCAUAUGAGAACUCAUAAUGGAGAGAAACCAUUUGUUUGUGAUAUCUGUAAUAAAGCUUUUACUUAUAAUAAAAGUUUACAAACUCAUAAACUAACGUGUGGUAAGACUGUGACAACUAACCAAUCUUAUUAUCAAACUACGCCUUCUGAAUCUAAUAAUUUAUCUCAACCUUCUAAUCUCAUUACUAUUCCACCUUUAUAUCCUGUUCAUUUUACAAACUAA